AAUACCUUUACAAGGCGUUAAAUUAGUGUUUCUAUACCGUAUGGGACAGAUUUGGUUAGACGAAUAUACUGUAACAGAUUUAGCCACCUCCUGCCUGAAUAAUGGCGGCCGAAGAGGAUCAGUUGGUGACUCUUGACGACGUGUUCGAAGCCCAACAAGUGCUGGCAGACGACUCGCUAACACUCAGAACACCUGUAUUAAAACACGUGCAGACAUUCUUUACGUCUGUUCAUCAGCAAAAUAUUGAUCUGUACCUCAAACUGGAAAACAUGCAAACAAUGGGUUCUUUCAAAAUCCGUGGAGUGACGAAUCAGAUGAAGAAGCUGGUACCAAAGAUUGCGUCAGGUCAAAAGCUGAUUACCAUAUCAGCUGGGAACUACGGUAAAUCGUUUGCCUUUGCCCUGAAGAGUCGUGGUAUUCCAGGGAUAUGCAUCAUGCCCGACAGUGUCCCAUUCAGCAGGGUGCAGCUUAUUCGGGAUCUGGGUGUAGAGGUUGAACAAGUGCCCACAAUCCAAUUGCAAUCGACAGUUGAUCGUUACGUCACAGAACAGGGAUAUCUGUACUGUCACCCUUUUAAUAGCACUCCCUGUGUGGCUGCAUAUGGGAGUAUUGCUUUAGAGAUUUUAGAAGACGUCCCAAAUCCAGACAUAGUGUUGGUGCCCUGCGGGGGAGGAGCAUUAACGGCAGGUGUGGCUGCGGCGAUUAAACUAUCAGGACAGUCCCAGUGUCGAGUGUAUGGUGUAGAACCAGAACAAGCGGCGUCUAUGUUUGAAAGCUUCAAGGCAGGACAUGCCGUGACCUUACCAACAACCAAAUCUGUUGCAGCAGGCUUAUCGCCCCCUUAUGCAGGAACAAUUACAUACAACCACUGUAAACAUUUUACAGAAGGUAUUUUAUUAGUGACCGAUGAGGAAAUUGUGAAGACUGUAGAUGCCCUCUACCGGCGAGGACUUGUGGUGGAACCUUCCGGGGCGGCAGCUAUGGCAGCGAUGAUCUAUGGGAAGAUUCCUGAUGUUCAAAACAAGAAAGUGGUUGUUCUGAUAAGUGGGGGAAAUAUCACACCAGAAGAAAUGAACCAACUGUUGCCUGAUUUUACUAAACCUAAAUAAAACGAAGUGGACUUUUUCUCUCUUUUUUUUUGUAAAAGAUGUACAGUGAAACCUGUCUAAACUGGAUCCAAAACAAACCGGAAUCUGGUCAAAACCGUCCAAGUUUCAUGGUCUAAAAUUUUCUAGAUCCUAAAAUGUAACCCUCUAAACCCUGAAUACAGUCUAUAUCAGAUAAAUAUUUGGUCUCCAGCAUGCUCCGGUUUACACCGGUUUUGCUGUAUAUACUAUCUGAAAAACACAGUUGACAAAAGCAAAAUAUUUCAUUAAUUUGAUUAUCAGUACAAUUUUAACCCAGCAUUUUGGCAUCCAACUGCCUUUAUUAGGGGAACACAAUUCUCUUAAAGACACUAUCCUGAGUUUUUUGGCAAUUGUUGAGAUGAUGUCAACCACCAGACUUUUUAAUGACUGUAAUUACAUGUAUUAAAUACAUUUUUAAAAAUCAAAUCAGGUUUCUGAUUGUCCUAGUUUGUCCUAGUUUUUGCAGUACAUCAAACUUCAUUCUAUUUUGUAAUAUAUGUACUUAUAGGUUUUUCUUUGUGUGGAAUUAUUGGGAUAUCAAAUUUAGUUUGGCCUACUUAUUACAAAUAUUAGAAUGAUCAGAAACACAGUGGAUAUCUAGACACUGAUAUUCUACACAAUAAACUACAUGUACAUGUAUAUUCAGUACGUAAUUUUAGUCGUUAAAAGCUUUGGCAGCAAAUUCAUGACAGUCUCUUUAAUAUAUUCCGUAACAGUCUUAUUCAGCUAAGAACCACUUUGACCACUUGGAAUAUUCAUGUGUGGAAAACAUUUUUAACAUUUUCAAAAUUUAUGGAAAACAUGGAAUAAACAACACUUAAUUCCAACAAAGCAUGAAUAUAAAAGUUUAAUAGCCAAAUAUAUAAAGUAUUUACAAAAUGUUUUACAUAUCACAUACUCUUAUAUUAUGUACAAUACUUAUUCAUUCCAUUAAAAUAAUAACUUUGUUCCACAUUAUUCUAAAACAAUAAUGGUUUAAAAGUGUAAUACAUAAUCCAUUUAAUGGUCAUCAAACAUCAGUUUACUACUAUGCAAUGUAUCUGGAGUCUUUGUUGACAUUGCUAUAAACUUUAAAUAAAAACCACUGGAUGGAACAAAAAAUAUAAUUAUAAUAAAAGCUAAAAACUUUAAAAUAAGAGAUGUGCAAUAAGCCAUACUAAAAUAAA